AAGCAAUUCAAGAUUUACCAGAACCCAGGAAUGUUUUGUUGAGAAAACAGCUAAUGGAUCCUCCACUGCAUGAAGAAGGUGGAGCCUCUCCUGCACUCAGCUGUGUGUCAAUGAAGAGUGAUGCAUCAAAGGACCUGCCAUGUGAUGUGUUUAAAGGUGACAGCAAUACUCAACAGAGGGAGAAGAGAUUAAACUCACCGGAGCCCAGCUGUGUGUCCAUGAGAAGUAAUGCAUCAAUGGAUCUGCCAUAUGAUGUAUUUAAAAGUGACAGCACUUCUCAGCUAAGACCAAAGUCACAAGAGACCAGCUAUGUGUCCAUGAAGAGUGACACAAAGGAUGUUGAAUUUCAAUUUGCCAGCACUUCUCAUCAAAGCACUGAACUCAGGUCAAAGCUACAGAAGAAGUUUCAACAUCUGCAUGAGGGAAUAGCAAAGCAGGGAAGCCCAACACUCUUCAAUGAGAUCUACACUGAGCUCUACAUCACAGAAGGUGAAAAUGAAGAGACUGAAAAGUCUUCCAGGAAAGAAGAAACAGAAGCUGCACUAAUCAUUUGCAAUAACAUCUUCAAACCAUUACCUGGACAAGAAGGACCCAUCAGAACUGUGCUGACUAAAGGAGUUGCUGGCAUUGGAAAAACAGUGUCUGUGCAAAAGUUCAUUCUGGACUGGGCUGAAGGGAAAGCAAAUCAAGACGUCCACCUCAUAUUUCCACUUCCUUUCAGAGAGCUCAAUUUGCUGAAGGACAAAACAUUCAGUCUUAAAGGUCUUCUACAGUUUUUCAUUGACACAAAAAAUCUGGAAAUCUCUCCAAAUGAAGAUAAAAUCAUUUUCAUCUUUGAUGGUUUGGAUGAGUGUCGUCUGUCUCUGGAUUUUCAGAACAACGUGAGGUUGUUUGAUGUGACUGAAUCAGCUUCAGUGGACGUGCUGCUGACGAACCUCAUUGUGGGAAAUCUGCUUCCCUCUGCUCUCAUCUGGAUCACCUCCAGACCAGCAGCAGCUGAUCUCAUCCCCUCUGAGUGUGUUGAUCGAGUGACAGAGGUACAAGGUUUCAGUGACCCACAGAAGGAGGAAUACUUCAGGAAGAGAAUCAGAGAUCAGAGUCUGGCCAAUAAAAUCAUCUCACACCUGAAGUCAUCGAGGAGCCUCUACAUCAUGUGCCACAUCCCAGUGUUCUGCUGGAUCUCAGCCACUGUCCUAGAGAAGAUGUUGAGUGAAGCAGAGAGUGGAGAGAUUCCCAAGACUCUCACUCAAAUGUACACACACUUCCUGAUCCUUCAGACCAACAUCAAACAUGAGAAGGACUAUGAGAAGAAAGUGAAUGAUAAAGACAUGGUCCUCACACUGGGUAGGCUGGCUUUUCAGCAACUUAUGGGAGGCAAUCUGUUCUUCUAUGAAGAAGACCUGAGAGAGUGUGGCAUUGAUGUGACAGAAGCAUUAGUGUACUCUGGAUUGUGCACUUGUAGAGAAGACUUGCAUCAGAGGAAAGUCUACUGUUUUGUUCAUUUGACCAUCCAAGAACAUCUAGCUGCUCUGUAUGUCCAUCACUCCUUCACAAAAAACAACAUCAAUGUGUUUGAUACUACCAAACCAACUCAUGGAUCAGAAAUCGAACAUGUUCCAAUAUCUGACCUCCAUCAGAAAGCUGUGGAUGAAGCUGUAAACAGUAAAACUGGACAUUUAGACCUUUUCCUUCGCUUCCUUCUGGGCUUCUCUCUUGAGUCCAAUCAGACUCUCUUAAAUGUUCUUCUGACACAGACAGAAAGCAGGAACCACAAUUUAGAAGAAACAGUCAAAUACAUCAAGAAAAGGAUAGAGGAACAUCCAACUCCAGAAAAAUUUAUCAAUUUGUUCCUCUGCCUCAAUGAUCUGGGUGAUCGCUCACUAAUAGAAGAAAUGCAGUGUUAUCUAAUCACUAAAUCUCUUACAACAGCGCUGUCUUCCUCACAGUGGUCAACUGCGCUCUUUGUUCUGCUGACUUCAGAGAAUUUGAGUGUUUUUAAUUUUAAGAAUUAUGCUUCAGUAAUCGAUUCUGCUCACAUACCACAAGUUCUUCUCAAACUACUACCUGUGAUUGAAGCAUCCACAUCUAUUCAACUCAGUGGGUGCAGACUGACAGAGGAAAGCUGUGAUCUUCUAUCCAGAGCUCUGAGCUCAGAAGCCUCGUGUGUGAAGGAGCUGAACCUGAGUGAAAAUCCGUUGAAAGAUGCAGGAGUCAAGUUUAUCUCUAAAGGACUGCAGAAUCCUCAUUGUAAACUAGAGAUACUGAGGCUGAGGAAUUGUGAAAUCACAGAUCAAGGUUGUGCUCAUCUGACUUCAGUUCUCAAAUCAAACUCCUCACAACUGAACGAGCUGGAUCUGUCUGGGAAUAAACUAGGAGACUUAGGAUUGAGGCUGCUUUGUGAUAUAUUACAGAGUCAUCCUUGUAAACUAGAAAAUCUGAAGUUGAAUGAUUGUGGGGUCACAGAUAAAGGUUGUGCUGCUCUGGCUUCAGUUAUGAAAUCAAACCUCUCACAACUGAAAGAUCUGGAUCUGUCUGAGAAUCAAUUAGGACAAACCCAAGUGAUGUUUUUUUCUGAUGGACUGAAGAAUCCUCACUGCAAACUGGAGAAUCUGAGGCUGAGAUUCUGUGGCCUUUUCACAGAUGAAAUUUGUGAGGUUCUAGCUUCAGCUCUAAAUUCAAGCCCACACCUGAAAACACUGGAUCUGACGGGAAAUAAACUCGGAAACUCCGGAAUGAAGUUGUUCUCUGCCAUAUUAAAAAAUCCUCACUCCAAACUGGAAAUUCUAUGGCUACAUGGCUGUGGUCUCACAGAUGAAGGUUGUGCUGCUCUGGCUUCAGCUCUGACAUCAAACACCUCACACCUGAAAGAUCUGGAUCUGUCUCAUAAUAAAAUAGGAAAAUCAGGAAGGAAGCUGUUUUCUGCCGCUCUAGACAAUCCUCACUGUAAAGUGGAAAUACUGAGGCUAAUUGAUUGUGGUCUCACAGAUCAAGAUUGUGCUGAUCUUGCUUUAGCUCUGAGUUCAGACAACUCAUGUUUGAGAGAGCUGAAUUUGUCAAAAAAUACUUUUGGAGACUCAGGAAUUAAACACCUCUCUAACGUUAAGAAUCCUCAUUCUAAACUGGAAUCACUUUGGCUUAUUGAUUGUGAUAUCACAGAUGAGGGUUGCUCUGCUCUGGCUUCAGCUUUGACAUUAAACCUCUCACAUUUGAAAAUCUUGUAUAUGUGUGAUGAAAAAGUAGGAAAUGCAGGAGUGGAGCAUCUCUCUGUUGCUCUGAAGAAUCCUGUCUGUGAACUGGAGACACUGGGGCUGUAUGAUUGUGAUAUCACAAAUGAAAGUUUAGCCACUCUGUUUUCAGUCCUCACAGAGAAGCUGCCCUUCAAACCAUGUGUUCAUUUUGCACAAAUUCAAAGAGAACUCAGAUCAUGAACAGGACUCAUAGUAAUCCUCCUUAAAUUCAGACAGAUACAUUUUGAGAUGUGACUUGUUACAGUUUUAACCAGCACUCAAUUCAUUAUUUACAUUUAUCCAUUAUAUUAAUAUAAAAAGUGAUAUAAAAUAUUAAUACAUUUCUGGAAAAUAAAUAAUUUCACACAU